AUGGCGCCCUUAAGCUCCGAGCCUCGCCAGGUGUUGGUGGUCUUGAACCCAGCCCGGCGGAGAGCCCUGUAUCAGCUCGUGACCGAGAUCACGGCGUACAUGCGGUCACAGCUGGAGCUCCACGACAGAGACGACGGCCAAGCGACCAAGGAUGCGUCUCGGUCUCGGUCUUACGCACCGCACGCCCCGUCUGACCGCGACUACUCGCCGCGGGGCUCAACCUCUACCGCUGCCGCCUCCGCCGCCGCGAAGGCCAAGGCAGAGGCUUCCGUCUCACAGGCGCACACACCACCGAGCCCGGAGCUCAUUGCGUUGCGCAAAGCAGCACUGACGCAUUUUGACGAGUGGAAGAAGGAGUUCCACACCAAGCUGAGGGAGAUCCUGUCUGCCAGCGAUGACAACAAGGUCCUGGAAGCGCGCUCGGAACGCCAGAGGAAGGUGGCCCAGAUCAAGGCGGACAGUCCCGCCGAGGGUGAGGAUCUCAUCGACUUCGGCGGCGGACCCUCGCAGAACAAGGCAGCCCAAGACACUGCGAAGGCGGUGGAGUCUCUCCAGGCUAUCUACCACCCAAUCCCCACGAGGCUGACCACGAUUCCGGCGGAGGACCGGAAAGAGGUCGUCAGCGCCGUGCUCAUCCUUCUCCUCUCCACGGGCAAAUACACGGCCUACGCGAGGACGUUCAUCACCUACCUGACCUCCGCGCUCGAGCUUCCCCUGUCCUUCCUGACCGACGAGGAGAAGGAGAUCGCCAAGACCAUGAUCGAGGCGUCGGCCGAGGCAGAGAAGGCAAAGAAGGACGAGACCAUGUCUGCCGAGGCCGAGGCCCAGAAGCGCAAGCAGCAGGGGCAGGUGGGCAGGUUCUGGAAAGUCGGCCUCGCGUCGGUGGCUGGUGCCGCGAUCAUCGGAGUGACUGGCGGCCUCGCAGCACCCGUCGUAGCUGGUGCCAUCGGGGGCCUGAUGGGGUCUGUGGGACUUGGAGGGCUGGCUAGCUUCCUGGGUAUCUUCUGGAUGAACGGUGCCUUGGGCGAGAUGGCAGACAAGUACGCAAGGGAAGUCGAGGACUUCCGGUUCCUGCCCCUAAAGGAUGAAUGGGGCAGCGAAUUCCGCAAGGAAGAAAAGGACGUCCGAAGGCUGAGGGUCUCUAUUGGAAUCAACGGCUGGCUCAUCUCUGAAGAUGAAGUGACCAAACCUUGGCGCGCCCUCGGCGAUGAGUCAGAGGCCUUUGCCCUCAGGUAUGAGAUGAACAGCCUGCUGGAACUCGGGCACGCCCUCGAGGACACGGUAGCGUCAUAUGCGUGGAGCGUUUUGAAGAUCGAAAUCCUUAAGCGCACCGUCCUGGCCACCCUAUGGGCAGCACUCUGGCCGAUCCAGCUUCUCAAGCUGGCAGCUGGUGUCGACAACCCUUUCAACCUGGCCAAAAAUAGGUCUGAAAAGGCCGGUCGGAUCUUGGCGGACGCAUUGAUCAACAAAAUUCAAGGGGAACGGCCAGUCACACUCAUUGGAUACUCCUUGGGUGCGCGGGUCAUCUACGUCUGCCUCAAGACUCUCGCAGAACGCAGGGCAUUCGGGCUGGUGGACACUGUCGUCUUCGUCGGAGCGCCGACGCCGUCAAACCGAGACGAGUGGCAGUUGAUCCGCAGUGUUGUCACCGGAAAGCUAUUCAACGUCUACUCAGAGAACGACUACAUCCUUGCGUUCCUUUACCGCGCCACGAGCAUCCAACUCGGUAUUGCAGGCCUGCAAGCAGUGGAGGAUAUUGAGGGCGUCGAGAACCUCGAUCUGACCGAAGACGUCAAAGGACACUUGAGAUACCCAGGGCUGAUCGCCCAGAUCCUCACCAAGUGCGGCUUCCCAAACAUCAGCGGGGGCGAGAAGCCUAUCGAGAAGGAGGAGGACAUCAGGCUCGAGGACAUGGACGGCAGCAGCAAGACGGGCACUCUUCUCGAUUUCGACGAGCCUCCCGUCACACCGGUGGCGGUCAAGCCAUUAUCGAGGAAGACACACCGGGAUAUCUCGUUCCCGAGCGGGUUCCCCAAGACAGAUGAGCGUCCCGUGGUCAGGAAAGUCCAGUCGACACCGGCCGCCGGGCCACUCAGCUCUAAGCUCCAGACGGCCUUCGAUCCGCACGAGCCCAAGUCUCUCGUCGGGUCUCCCGAGGCCAAGGAAUGGCAGCGCAGACCGCCCAAUGCCCCAAACGCUACUCCUGCAGCGAAUUCACAGCCUCCUCCUUCGUACAGCCCGGGCAAGUUCACGUUGCCCCCGGAAGUGGCAGAUAAGCUGUACGGGGCCGCAAAACCAGAUGACGAGGACGACGAAGACGACGACUUUGGUGGUGGCAUAAGCAUGAUGGACAACGACCAUGAUGAUGAUGGUGAUAUGGUCACGUACAUGGAGCCACUGCGACUCGAGGACAGGGAUGAGAAGUGA